AUGUCGUCCAAAGUAACCGAGAACGCCCAAAAUCCCACGAGUGCCCACGACAACCCGGCGUCGACAACCCCUCUCAAUUCCAAGGUCAAUUCAUCUCGAUGGCGAUAUGUGGAAUUACCAGACACGCCGCCAGAGAAACCAUCGCUUGCGCGGACGAAAAUUAGGAAAAGGAAGGGUCCCAAAGCGUCAAUGAAGCAAAACACUGUUGAUGAUCCAGAGUCAGGCUCUUCAACGGAGUACAUUCCAGUCCCUAGGAAGCGCAGGCGACAACUGUCUUCUACACCACCCACUGACGAUGGCCAUGGUCCAUAA